CCUCUUCUACUUGGGAUUACGCGGUAUUUUCCGACCACAAGAGGCCCAGGACCGUUGGUGCAGUGGAGGAGGGUCAGGGCGCUAAUCUGAUGGCGAUAGUGAUUCUCUGCCGCAGAAAUUGCGGUCUAUCGAAAUGCAUCACGCGUUACUUGGUCUACAUGGCAACUGCCGAUCUAAUGGUUCUGAUAUUUGAAGUGGUUUUGUAUGAGAUAAAAGAUGUCUAUUGGCCAAAUUCAUUUCUCAAUUAUACUCCUAUUUGCAGCGUUAAUCUGGCGCUGUUGUUCUUUUCUAUUGAUUGUUCGGUCUGGUUAACUGUGGCGUUCACCUUUGACCGACUUAUAGCUAUUAUUUGCCAGUCGCUGCGAACAAAAUACUGCACCGAGAAGAUGGCGUCAAUGGUCAUUGCAAUUGUAUGUUUUGUGAGCGUGCUGGAAAACAUUCCCAUCUUCUUUAUUUAUGAUCCUCGGGAAAUACUUGAUGGCCAGCCAUGGUCCUGUUAUGUAAAGUCAAGCUUCUACACCGCCCCAAUGUGGAUCGCAUUCUUAUGGUUGGAAACCAUUUUAUGCCCAUUUGCACCUUUCGUUUUGAUCAUGCUCCUUAAUUCUCUGACUAUCAGGCAUAUCGUACGGGCUAAUAGAGUGAGGAGCGCUCUCCGAGGAACCAAUCACACAGAUACAGAAAUUGAUAACCGGAGGAAGUCAAUCAUAUUAUUGUUGGCAAUUUCAGGCAAUUUUAUACUCUUAUGGAUGGUGCUUUUCAUUUGUUACCUGUUUGUACAUUUUACCGACACUCAGUUUCUAGAAGCAAAUUACAAUGAUCCUUUCACCAUUGCGGAACAAUCCGGAUAUAUGCUGAGGUGCUUAAGUGCAUGCACAAAUACUUUUAUUUAUGCAGUGUCUCAGGGUAAAUUCAGAGAGGAAUUGAAGCAUAUAGUUAAGCGUCCACUAAGUAUAUUCAUCGGUUUAAAAUAAAUCAUUUAUUUUAAUCACCUGGAGUGAACUUGUUGUUCACGCAGCACAUCAACAUGAGCCCCCAAAGGAAAGUCGGACAGACAACGUCCCUCACAUAUCAUUCGGCACCUCCAACACUAGACCAUUUCACCUUGAAUGAGAAUGUUUGCGAUGGUAUUCCUACUUUCCUACAUUCUACCGACAUUUUGUCCAAUUAUGUGAAACAUUAUCGAUUUUCAGGUCAAAAUAAAAUAAAUUCGACAAGAUUAAUCGCAGUUUUGUAUUGUUCUAAUCGCUGUACCUCUAACAAAUCCCUUCAAUUCAAUUUCUGUAAGUAACGUACUUUGAAAAGUUCUGAAUAAAAUAUUUCUAUCAAUGGACCAUUUGGGAGAAUUGUUACACACGCGUUCAAUACUUCAAAAGCUGAGAUCAUAUAUGAUUUGAAGUGAAUCGAGAAUCACAACUUAAUUGACAGAAGUACACGGUGACUCACAAAUGCCAUUUGAUUCCAUCGGGUGUUGUGGGAUGUACAAAUAAGGAACUGCAAAUGCUGGUUUACACAAACUGACAAAAGAAUGCUAGAGUAACUCAACGGGUCAGACAAUAUUUCUGGAGAACAUGGAUAGAUGACGUUUCAGAUCGAGACCCUGCUUCAACUGGUGUUGUGGGAUGUUGAAAUGCAUGAAUGUGCGGACAGUGGCGUAUGUUUCUCAUUAACGAUUGUAUAUGGGAUGUAUAAAAUAUAAUCUGUGUCCGAAACAUAUGACAUUUUAAUGUUGGAAUCAACCUAUCAAUGACUACGGGCGAGAUAUGCUUGGAUAUCAACAAGGUAGGUGGGCUUUGGAGGCAACUGUGUGGAUGAUGGUGUAUGAAUUCAUCGUGUACUGCCAAC